AGCUUGCUCAUAUCCUCGAUCGAUCAGCAUCUGCAAGAAGAGAGUGAAGCAUGGUAAAAGGCAGCAGCAGUAGCAGCAGUAGCAGCAGUAGCAGCAGCAUUGCUCCGUCCUCGACGAAGGUAAGCAGCCAUGGGAAGAGGCAGUACAAGGGCGUGAGGAUGAGGAGCUGGGGCUCGUGGGUCUCCGAGAUCAGAGCGCCCAACCAAAAGACAAGGAUUUGGCUCGGCAGCUACUCCACUCCGGAGGCCGCCGCCCGGGCGUAUGACGCCGCCCUACUCUGCCUCCGAGGCAACUCCUCCGCCCUCAACUUCCCUUCCUCCCCUCCCUUCCCCGGCGGCGUCCCCGAGGUCGGCAUCAUGUCCCCCAAGUCCAUUCAAAGAGUGGCGGCCGCGGCAGCCGCCCAAGAAACGGCCCGGCCUUACUCUAGUGUUCCGGCGGCAGCGUCACCGUCACCGUCGCCUGAUCCUCUCAUCGCCACCCUUUCGCUCUCAGAACAAGCGGAAGAGGCGGCGGAGAUGGCUGAAAAGAGCUUCACCUCGCUUGAUUCGAUCGGUAAUUUCGAGGCGUUCUUCCAGUCGCCCAAGUGCAUGGACUACAUGCUUCACCCGGCGGCUUCCUUCUUCGGCGCUCCACAACUCCAAGUUGAGGACUACUGGAACGAAGAGGGAGAGAUCAGCCUCUGGAGUUUCUGCUAAUUAAUUGUUUAAUUAUCAAAUCACAUGCUCAAAUGCUUCUUCACAAUAUGAAGAUCUCGAUCGCUGACACAUAUUUUAUUUGUUUAUGGACAAAUUAAGGAUGUAGAUUUCCAGAGGAGCAGCACCUUUUAGUUCAGUUCCCUGGUUAUAUAUAUAUAUAUAUUUUGUUUACGGAAGACUCAAAAAGUAGAGUAUUGUAAAAUUGUGAUCUCUUUAUGUCAUACUUUGCAAUCCCUGUAUCUCAAUUCUAUUAAUGAUAAUCAAGCAUUUAUUAUCUUAGAUGUAAAA